AUGAUAUCAAACGUGUUGCUGGUAAUCCUGGCAGCAGUAGUGGCAGUUGCUGGUGCAUCCGGCUGGUGGGACGACGACUGGCAUGAUUCAUGGCACCCACAUCACUAUGGCCAUCACGACCACCACCAUCAUGGACACUUUGGACCGCAGCACGGAGUAUUCGAUGGCCAUCACUACGCAGGCCAUUAUCCUUGGGACAGCUGGCAAUGGGGCUGGCAUUGA